AUGGCGGCGGCGGCCAAGCGGCGCAAGGCCGCCGGCGGCAGCACGGGGCCCGUGGCGGCCCUGCUGGCCUGGUGCGAGGAGGUCGGGCUGGAGCUGAGCGCCAAGGUGAGCGGCGGCGGCGGCGGGUGCCCCGGGCUGCCGGGGGUGCCCCGCGCUGCCCACGGGCCCCUCUCGCCCCAGGUGCGCGUGAGCAGCGAGGGCACCGUGGCCGCCUACGGGCUGCUGGCCGCGGGGGAGCUGCGCGCGGGAGAGGUGCUGCUGAGCGUGCCCCGCGCCGCGCUGCUCUCCCAGGACACCUGCGCCAUCCACGGCCUCCUGCGGGAAGCCYGGGAGUCGCUGCAGAGCCAGUCGGGCUGGGUGCCGCUCCUGCUCGCCCUGCUGCACGAGUACACGAGCAGCAGCUCCCGCUGGCGGCCCUACCUGGCGCUCUGGCRGGACUUCAGGAGCUUGGAUCACCCCAUGUUCUGGCCUGAAGAGGAGCGGAAGCGGCUCCUGCAGGGCACGGGUAUCCCAGAAGCAGUAGACAAGGACCUCGCCAACAUCCAGCUGGAGUACAGCUCCAUCAUCCUGCCCUUCAUGCACUCCCACCCGGACAUCUUUGAUCCCAAGGUGCACACGCUGGAGCUGUACAAGGAACUGGUGGCAUUUGUCAUGGCCUAUAGCUUUCAGGAGCCUCUGGAGGAAGAGGAUGAAGACGAGAAAGGCCCCAACCCUCCCAUGAUGGUGCCGGUAGCAGACAUCCUGAACCACGCGGCCAACCACAACGCCAACCUGGAGUACACGCCGAAGUGUUUGCGGAUGGUCGCUACAAAACCCAUCAGCAAAGGACAAGAGAUCUUCAACACCUAUGGCCAGAUGGCCAACUGGCAGCUGCUCCACAUGUAUGGCUUUGCAGAGCCCUAUCCUGGCAACACCAACGACACGGCUGACAUCCAGAUGGUGACAGUGCGCAAAGCAGCGCUGCAGCGUGCCAAGAGCGAAGCAGAGAAGAAGCUGGUGUCAGAGAAGUGGGACUUCCUGUGCCACCUGGACAUGGUUGGCGAGGAAGGGGCCUUUGUGCUUGGCUGGGAUGARGUGCUGACAGAGGAAGAGCUGUCCGUGACGCUGAAGGUGCUGUGCAUGUCCGAAGAAGAAUUCCAGGAGUAUAAGGAGCAAGAUGGCUGGGAAGACGACACUGAUGAGGAGAACUCUCUUCUUUCUAAUGAAUCUCUCUCCAGACUGAAACACCCUUGCAAGAAGCUGCUUUGCGACAGCGUGCUGCUGACCCUGCAGUCCUACAGGUCAGACUUGAAAGCAGAUGAGGACUUGCUGAAUAACAAGGAGGCUUUUGAGAGACUGAGCCGAAGGGAGCAGCAGGCCUUGCACGUGCGCUACGGCCAGAAAAGGAUCUUGCAUCAACUCCUGGAGCUGAUACAGUAGGAACAUCUGGCUGCCCCUGCAAGGCCACCGCCYGGAGCUGAACUUAAAAAGGGCCUCUGGCCACUUGUACCGCAGCAACCAACAAAGCAAGAUGGCAUUUGCACCCGCUUGUCCCUCCCUGUGUACCAGGCUGAUCUACCUCUGUAUAAAGAAAAUCCUUAAACAGCUAUGGCUGAAGUAGUAGUUUGAAGG